UCGAUAUUUCGAGAGUUUUCAUCAGAGAAAAAUCCCUGUUAGGAUAAAAAGAUCUUAUCUUUGUGAUAUUUUAUGAUGGCGGGGAAAGUGGCAUUCACUUUCUUACUAAUCAUGGCAAUUUUAUCCUUUGCCUCUUGUAAGAAAAAGGAUGCUAAUGAUGAUGAUCCUGCUGAUUCUAAUUCUGACUCUGAUUCUAAAUCUGAUAUUGACUCUGACACUGACACUGAGUCUAACACUGAUUCUGAGUCUAACACUGAGUCUCACUCUAACACUGAGGCUGACUCUAACUCUGAGCCGGAGUCUAAGCCUGACCCUAAGGCUAAGUCUAAGCCUAAGUCUAAGUCUAAGCCUAAGUCUAAGUCUGAGGGCUCUACAGAAGAUUGUAUAGGAAAAUGCACUACAACGGAUUGA